AUGUCCAAGCGCAGCAGCGCCCUAGCCGCCCUCGACGACGACGAGGCCUACGCGCCCGAAUCCGUCGCUCGGUCCGCACCCCGUCCGGCCAAAGCCCCACGAAAGAGCGCCGUCAAAGCCAGUACCAGCACCAGCAAGACUACCACCACUUUUGCCCCUUCCCCCGUUAGCCCACUCCUCGCCUACACUCCCGAGGACCUCGCGGAUCUCCCCUUCUAUGAGGUCAUUGAGCACUUUAUCGAGCUCCAAUCCGCAUACCGCAGGCUGGAGAGCGAGAAGACUAGCGCCACUGCGUCCGGAUCUGGAUCUGGCGCAACCAGAUCGUCGAUGGAUGAGAAAGAAGUAGAGGCGAUGGCGAAAGUGUUUGCAAAGGUUAUGCAGAGCGGUAUUACCAGUCAGAUGAAGUGGCAACCGUCAUGUAGGCACAAAGGCAAGCGGUUUACGUGCAAUGGCGUGGUCCCCAAUGCCCAGGUCUUCUACAAGCUCUUCAACUUGCAAGAGGAGAAGAAGGUAUGGAAGCAGAAGAAGAUCCCCUUGGCGGACUUUGAGAAGAUCACGGGGGGAUUGUGGGCCUCUAUCCGACAUGGCUCGUUGAGCGUCACAAGUCCGGAAGUGACGCUCAAGAGGGACCCGGAAACCAAUGGGUUUACGGUGCCGGGGUUGUAUGGGCUUUGA